CGCCAAUUAUCUACAUGUCUUUGGACUAUGGGAGGAAACCAGUGUACCUGGGGAAACCCACCAAACACUGGGAGAAUAUGGGAAAAUGAGAACAUGGCAGGAAUCAAACUUGGCUGGGAAUUGAAUCUGCAAUCCUAGAUUUUGGAUGUUGGAAAGGUCAUCUAACAGGAAGUGAGUUAUUUCUUAACUAUUAACCAUUUGAUUUUUAAAUGGGACUAACUUCAUUUAAGCAGAUUUUUUUAAAAAAACUAAGUACAGUAUAACGAAUUGUCAGAAAAUAUGUUGUGAAUAUUUUCUAUGGGAUACAAUGGUGUGAAAAUGCAAAAUAAUUUAUUUUUUAUGGCACAUUUGGAGAAUGUACAAACUGGUCUUUAUUAUUCAUCAUUUAUUUAUUAUUUCAGCCCACAAAUCACUGUUUACAGCUGUUUUUUUUUCUUAUUGCUUUCCUGUUGCUGUGGCUGUAAAGGUUACUCCAGGUCAUGUUUUCUAGGCAACAUGUUUUGAUGUGUUCUGUUCUUAUGGGAAUGCAGUGCAUCGGCUCUGUGAGGAGGAACAAAAACAGGAGUAGGUUGUGCUCAGAUUCUGUCUGCAGCUCUGUGUCAUGUUUAUUACAUCUUUACAUUAGACAACGGCUUUUGCCAGACUGGAAUGGUAAAAAUCAGGAUUGAUUUCAUUUAACGGCAUACUGAAGAUACAAAAGCACAGAAGAAGGAGAGAGAAAUACAGGCAAAGAGAGGAAGAACUGUAAAAAGGAGAGGAAAAAACACACAGAAGAUGGCCAGCGCUCCUAUACCGCUGAAUAAUGUAGGAGGUGGCUACACCAUCGUCACCCAGGUUAUUCCCUCAUCAACAGCUGGGACUACAGUGGAACCAAAUUCCUCUCGGGUGCAAAGCCCGCUGCAGAAGUUUCUGAAAGGAGAACCAAAAGCACUGGGAACUGUCCAAAUAAUGAUUGGUUUAUUGACAAUAUUGUUUGGAAUCGUGAUGGCGGUCCAUCCUUGGACCAUCAGCGUGUACUCUGGAGUCGUAUUCUGGGGCUCACUGCUUCACAUCAUCGCUGGUUCUCUGGCUGUUGCAGCAAGCAACAAGCUUCAUGCCUGUGCGGUGAAGGCUGCAAUGGUGCUGAAUAUUAUUAGCUUAAUAGCUGCAGGAAUCGCCAUCAUUUUCUUUUCUUUGGAUUUGGUGAUUGGGCCGUUGAGCAGACCCUGCUUCUCCCAUGAUGACUGGUAUACCUGUGGCCCUAACGGAAUUGCAGUGAGCCGUACCAAUGGAAUCACUGGUGUUCUGCUGGUUUUCUCUCUGCUCCAUUUUGUCAUCUCUAUCAUAAUUUCAGCCUUUACCUGCAAAGCUACAUGCUCCUAUCAACCUACUCUGAACAUCAUCAAUGUGGUUCCGAACCCUGAGAGUGGUGUUCCUGUGGUCAGUUCCAUCCCAGCUUAUCAAGCACAACUGGGGCUCAGUGCAGUGAACGCUGUGUCCAUGAGCGUUCCACCCAUGGAAAGCCCUCCGGCAUACUGCGAGAAAAGCCAACCAAUCAUAUGAGAAAAAUUCUAAAUAAGACAUUGUUCUUGUUACAGUAGCUGUUACUUAAUCACACUUUAUUAGGCCUAUUACACAUCACACUGCUUCUUUAAACAGCCUAACACUUAAAAUAAAAUAUAAUUAAACAUUAUCAGUGUGAAUAUUAUAUUAUUUUGCAAGCAGAUCUGUUGCGUAAGAACAGCCAAGCCACAGAGCAUUAAAGAAGACCUAU